AUGAGUACUUAUGUUAAAGAGGAAGAACUCAGGAGGAUUUCUUUACCAAAUAACCUUAUUUGGAUAGAUCCUAUUGAUAGCAACGCUGUUGAAUUGGCAAAACUUGGCAUGGAGUAUAUGGUUGGCAGAUACUCUCAUGCGAUUCACUCCAAAGAAGGAGGAUGGCCUAAAGCAGUUGAAGAACAAUUGCUUAAGUACAGUUUGGAGCACGGGUUUAGAAAAUCGAAAUUACCAGCUUUCACUGAAGAGGAGAAGGCUUUAGCCAGAGGAACAGCGGACUUCUAUGGUCUCAACUACUACACAGCACGGGUGAUCAGGCCGGCCCACGGCGCUGAAACAGGACCUUGGUUCACUGAUGGUUCGCCAGAGAUUGACGCCAUCUUGGGUCCACCACCCAACGCUAAAACCAGUGCCACACCAGUUUUACCUCUCAGCCCAGUUGGUUUGCGAAAGAUACUGUCUUAUAUAAAGCAGGAGUACGGCGAUAUUGAGAUAUUCAUCACGGAGAACGGUUACGCUGGUGGAAAGGAGUUUAGUGAUUAUAACAGAACCGAGUUUAUAAGGGAUCAUUUGGAGCAGGUUCUCCUUGCAAUUAAAGAAGACCACGUGAAUGUCAGCAGUUACACUUAUUGGUCACUCUUCGACGCUUUUGAAUGGGGCAGUGGGUAUACGUAA